UAUUACGUGACUAAAAAUCGAGGUCAUUGGCUGAUAUGAAAUCGAAAAUAUAGCUCUAAAUUCCAAUCUAUAUAAUUCUAAUCUUUGUCGCAAUCGGCCAAGUUCGAAGUGUACGACGCUCAAUCUCAAUUGUCGAUGUUCCAUGUUCGAAUCUUCGGGGCGCGAUCGUCAUUUAUCAGUCUCAUUUCUCGCGGAAGAGAGUCGUCCUUGCAUUUCCCUUGAAAAGCCACGGCGCGGAAGACUCGCGGAAGCCUCGAGGGGACGAAAAGGGUACGCGGAGAAGAGCGAAAUGGAAAAAGAUGUACCGUUCUCCGACGGAGGUAAACGAGCGGCACGGCACAUGGCACUAUUCCUCCCUCCAGUCCCCCUCCCCACCGCGUCGUCCCGCGCCCCGCCGCGCCGGCGUCCCUAGAUUCUAUGUCGCGGCGAGCGCGCGCGGCCCGCACUCGCUCGCGAGACGCCGAGGCGGCACAAGUGGAGCGGUAACGGUCGGCCACGUAUUCGCGCACUCUACCCUUCGCCGUCCCCCUCCCCUUCCCGGGCCGUGCGAUGUAAACACGCGGCCGGAGUUCGACAGGUGGCCGCGAACGCGCGCGUCCGAAAUAAUUUAACGUCGCGUUCGACGAAAGAGUGAUCGUGACAGUGUAUGACGUAUCCGUCGUCGCGUUUGUUACCCGUCCAUCGUACGUCCGAGAGAUCGAGAGCGCGAACAAAGUGCAUUAUUAUAUACCGUUCUACUCUACUGAACGGUGCGCACCGCGCACAGUGAUCUCCCGUGCCAGUCGCCGACCUGGGUUCGCAGAUUCGAUUGUGUCGGGAUUGAGGAGAGGAAGAGAGAGAAGGAGAGAGACAACCCGGCGGCGUCGUGGGAAAGGGAGCAACGACGCGGAUUUAUCGAUACAAGAUGAAUGGCGAAUCGUGCUGCACUCCAUAGAGACGCCAGAUCGGCAUAGAAAUGGGCAACAGCAGCUCCCAUCAAUACUGCGCGUCCAAUGGGCCGUCGCAGGAGAUUGGCAGACGCGGGUGGACGCAGUCCUUCCCUCGGGAGCUUACGAGACAUCAUCCUCAGCAACCGGCGGGACACAAGGUCCUGCCGGAGCCGCCCAAUCAGCGGCUGCGCGCCACCAAUAAUGGCAGCAUCAUUCACAACGGGGGAACCAUAAGCGGCCGCAGGCCUCCGGCCCUCACGCUUCCGCACGACCUUAAUAAGCCAGGAAUAUUCCGCAGUCGCAGUACUUCAGCGUCCAAUAUCGGCGCUUCGCGCGGCCGGAAGCUCGAACAACGUUGCUGCCAUCGGAGCGAGAUAGGCUGCUGCGUGGAAAGCGAGAUGCAGGAACUGAAGAGGUUUGGCAGCGAGCCCGAUCUACGAUACUCGCCGACGGGGCAGGAGGCGGCGCGUUGCAACGGGAAGCAGCAGCAUCAGCACGCGAUGGAGCACCGGCAUUGCGGAAACGGGCAUUAUCCCGAGCGGGAUUGCAGGGAGCGAGAGAGCCGGUACAGGAACAAGAAGAAGUAUAAGGCACCGGCGCCGCCGUCGAACGGCGUCGACAGGUCGUCCCCCGAUUCUUACAGAUAUGCGGAAUCUGGCCAAGAUCGUCAGGGUGGUUGUCGCGGCGAGGAGGAAGUUCAGCCACCGCCGAGGCGAUCGCGCCUUUUCAAGACGCGAGCGGAAACGAAGAGAGCGCAAGUCAACUGGCUGUCUUCAUCGUCGCAGAAUCACGUCGGGGAACGUUGCGAGAACAGCGGCGGCGGGGGAAGUGGAUUGGAAAACGAGCGACAGUGGCGAGGCGAGGACGGUCGUGCUGCCAACAAGGAGAACAGGCUCGCCUGGCGCGAUCUCCAGGAUCGCUGGUGCCGGGACGACCAGAGGCGUUUGCGGAUCUUUGAUGGCAAGAACACGUUGCAAAGAAGCAUGAGCAGUCCGGAGUUCCAGGCGGAGCUAAUGCAGGUAGCCAGGAAGGUGCGCAACAAGCUCCACUGUAACGGUAGGUCCUCUUCUGCAGUAGAGUCUGGGAAUCUGAUGGAGCGUAACAGUAAUGUCGAUCGAUUUAAAGAUUCGAAAACCGAAGAGACGAAGAGGCCGGAAAAACGAUCGGCGAAGAAUGAAGAGAGCUCUCGCGAUGAAUGCGCGAUCGAGAAUAGAAUUAUUGAAGAGAGGCGGAUGAUCGACCGCUGUAAUCGAUCUGAAAACAAGCUCACGUAUGAAGAACGUAAAGAAAACACCCGCGAUCUAGGAAAAACCCAGAACUACCUGGAGGAAAGGCAAACAGAAGCAUCGGGUGGAAAGAGACGACUCGUUGAGAAAUUGGCGACAUUUGACAAAUCCUCUGCGGUUCAUCCGAAGGAUCCUCCUCGGAAAAAUUCAAAGGACGGGAUGAAAUGCUCUUCGGCAGAGAGGUUCUUGUCGGAGAAACAACGGAGAGAUUUACUCGAGGAUUAUCAAAGGGCAAAGAGCGUGGCUAAGAGCCGGAAGUAUGAGAAUACGGCGGAGCCAGCGAGAACCAGAUCGGAGAGUCCGGUGAGACCCUACGUCAGGACGACGGAUUCUCGCGGGCAGGGUUCCGGGAGGGAGAGCACGCCCGAGCGAACGAGCGAGGCCAAAGAGAAAGGAAAAGAGAAAGAUUCCGAUCGUAGAUGGCGGAAGAACGACGCUAGGAAUACUGAUGGUGUACCGGACGAGAAGAGAUGGUCCUGCGAACCUGUUUCCACGACGAUGGAGAAGAAGGACGAAUCCAAAGAAAAGCUCGUGAGGAAACCAGAAGUCAAGGAAGUCGUGCGCGAGAAAAAUUGGCACGUACUGCCAUCGCUGGAGAAAUCCGCCCCGAAGACUUUCUACUUCGGCAUGGACGAAGCAUUGUCGAAUGAGUCGCGAAAUUGCGUGGACCAGCAUAUGGAGCAAAUACAGUCCAGGUUGCAAGCUAGAGAGGUCAAUGGAUCGAUCGAAUGCCACGACUAUACAGAUGAUGGCAAGAGCGGAAUGGAGGAUAUUUCUUUAAAAUUACGGCCCACGUUACCUAAGAAACAGUUGGAAAUUCCGCGGUUCUCACCAUCGGCAGCGUGGAGGCUAUUAUCAGCCUUAGAAGCACCAGGACCAAACAUGAGUACAGCGAGCGAGGAGAUUCCAGUGAUGUUUGAGGAACGCAUCGAACGUUUAUCGAGGCCGCCUCCGCCACUAAUUGCUCUUGGCCCGCGAAGUUCGCAUGAUAAAUCAGGCGAUUCUGGCAUAUCCGGCGAUGCUGGUGCAGUUAAUGAUGAUUCAUUAGACAUCAGCACCAAUACUAAUAACAAUAGAUUGAAAACUCCGGCGACAAGACCUACGUGGACGCCGCAGCAGGAUUUGGGCGAAGAAUCUAGUAGCGAUGCUGGCGUGGACUCGCCUCCACCAAUGCCGACUCCCGUCAAGUUUCCACCCAGAGCACACGUGUUCUCGUUAUCGUUACCGCGCGACGACAAUCGCAUGUAUCUAUACAAUCCGGAUCCAAAGAGCAAAGAAGGCUCGACCUUCAACUCGCUACAGAAGCUGAAGAGAUCAGUAUCGGGCGCUCUCGGGCUCAGUCCGUUGGACCUCGAGAGGAAACGUACUCGCGAUGUCCUCGAUGACAACUGGUUACUGUCGACAAGCGCGCCGACAUCGCUACAACACACGCAGAUCACGGACGCGACGCGAUCUUCACCAUCCGGUUGGAAACCCAGUUUCGACGAUGAAGAUGAUGACGAAGAUUUGGUGGAAGAUUUGGAGGAUCGCGGCGAUUUUCCCAUGAUUAUGAAGCCGCCCUCGUUCUCUUAUCUGGCUUCAGGCGGCCAUGUGAUGUAUUUGCCCGAAUCCAACGAUUCUCAAUAUCAAUCUCAAAGUUCGAAUUACAGGAGCAAUAUGGUGAUGGACAGCGAAAAGAAUUUCAGCAACAAUAUCGGCCCGAAGUAUCGUAAAAACGGCGUGGAUGAAUUUAGGAAAUCUGACAAAGAUAUAAAAGAGACGCAAUCCAAAAACUCAGCCAUUCUUAAAGAUAAACCUCUCACGAGCGAUGGAAAGGUGAACAAUAGAUUUUCGAAAUCAUGCGAAAAUAUUUCCGAAAUGAAACAACGGAGCGUUUCGCCCACUACUCAACAAAAUCUACAGGAUGACAAAGAGGCUGCGUCGGAGGCCAAAUCACAAUUGAAGAAUAAUUCGAAAGGUCGAAGAUUCACGUUCCAGAGCACUGUGCGACAGAUCGAAAGGCGUAGAUUAGCGGAAAAGCUAUCGCGGGAAGCGGAAGCCAAGGAAAGACAAAGGAAAGGCGAACUAGAGGCGAUGCGUAAAGUGGAAGAAGAGUUCCAACGAAAACGUGCCAGAGAAAAGGCCAAUAUUAGACAACAACUUCGCUUGUACAGUAUGGAUGAGAAUAUGAGUAGCUUGCCCACUGUGUGGGACAGCUCGCAAUUAUCUCGCGCGGAUCCGGAUGGCGCGCCGUCAUCAUCCGCAUCGUCGCCGACGUCAGUCCCACCGACGAAGUUGGCGACCAUACGAAAGAGCAGUGUUAGCAGUGACGAAUAUCUGCGUAAGAGAGCGCCCAGCACGGAUUCUAGGCAACAACAACAACAACAACAUCAGCAGCAACAGCCGAGAGAGUACAAGGAUUACCGGCCAAAGUAUUAUGACUGGACGCCCAAUGAAUCGUCGUCGCACCUGGAAUAUAAGCAAACAACGGUACAUCCCAAGGUGGUCUGCGACAUUCCCAAGAGUUCGGCCGUCUUUGUGGAUGCACACACGACCACUGGUAAAACCGCGAAUCUCAGUUCUACGCCUAGGUCUGACAAUUACAGGAAAGAUUUUGCUCACGGGGCCGUAGCGGCGAGAUCUUCCUUAGCGAGCAGCGACAGCGAGCUAUCGCAACCUAACACAAGACCGCAUUCCAGGCAAACUGGCAAGAGUAAACCCCUUCGAUCUAGGUCGGCUAGCCCAGCACGCAGCGAGGAAGCCGUCAGUUCGGAGGACGAGAGCCCGGUGCAGCCGAUCAAACAAGAGCGAAGCCCUAUGAACGGUUUCGUAUUGAACGGAGUGCAGCCCUUCGUGAGGGAGAAGAGCUAUCGACCUAUUUCUUUCAAUCCCCAAUCACCUCCGCCUAUUCCAAGUUAGAAGGCCUUUACAGAUCUUGAAGAUUAUUCAAGAUCUUAACAAAAUUGUGCAAAAAAAAGAUCUGAUUCAUAUAUCUUUUUGUAUGAAAAAUAUUGAAUUUAGGAGACUUCAUGUAUUUUUGUACACUUGAUAUAUUUAUCUUAACCAGAAUUACCGCAAGAUAGCUAUAUAAAAACGUUAUAUAAAUGUUUCAUAAUAGAUAUAUGAAAUGUGAAAUGUUAAGCUAUAAAUUUUUUGAAAUUUUAUAAAUUGAGAUUUUAUAAUUGAUAAGAUUUUAUAAUUAAAAUUUACAGAGAAAUAGGUUUUUUAAUGCGAUUUAGAAAAUAUUUUUCGAGAGCCCCGUACUUUACAAGAAUGUAUAUAACAGUAAUUGUAAUAAUGCAACCGUGGUAAUCAUUAUGUACGCGUGAAGACUAAUGUCAAGUAAUAUUUUAUAUAUGAUGUGUAACAAGUAACAACACGAUCUAACUCCUAACCAAAUGUGUUCCAUACAAUUCUUGAUACGUCCACUUACUAUUUAUAUAUGUCGUAAGUAUUAACAAACAAAGCAAAAGCUGAAUCAAAGACCAUAAUCUUACAUCAUUUCGCGCGCGAAAUUGUUUUUAUAUUCAGUUAUAAAAUUGCGUCGCGAAAAAUAUCAAUAAUACCGGGUACUUAUUACUUAAACAGGUUUAGGGCAAUAUUUUGUAAUUAUGUACAGGUAACAAUUGCAGGCGACUGCAGAUAUUUGCUCAUGUAAUGUAAUCAAAGAAUAAUGUUGUUAUUGAGUA